UAAAAUUGAACUCUUUGAUGGCCUGGUUUGGGUCUAAUCUAGCUUCUUUAAAAUCUCAAAUCACAAGUUUUACUAAAGAAGUUUUAAUUGAAGGGUCACAAGAUAUUCAAGAUCCUAAUGAAGAAUUAAAGGUGGCAAAUUUAAUAGUAAAAGAAUCUGAAGUGAUAUGUAAUACACUAAAGUUAGAGAAUGACCGAUUGAAAGAAGAAUUGAAUGAGUGCAUCGAAAAAUCCGAGGUUAGUGAGUACCAAACCAAAAAGAUCACUUCUCAAUAUAGAGCAUUACUCGAAGCCAAAGAGGAUGAGAUUCGAAAUUUGAAAACUGAAUUUACCUUGCCUAUUAGUGGUAGAAUAAUAAAUUGUGUGGAGGCUGAUGAUCACGAAACCUCACCUUCGAUAUCCGAUGAAGGAGGAUGGUCUGAUUGGGGCAGAUCCGCUAGCAAGACGAAUUAUAAUCCGCCCAAAAAUAUCUUGAACUCGGAAUUGGAAGGAAAAAAUUGCGGGGUCGAUGUCCUUAAAGAAUUGCCAAAUGAUACUUUACAAAAUAAAAUUGAUCAUUUAAGCGAAAAAUUGUACAACGCCGUCAAAUCAGAGGGCCUUCACAUAUCUGAGAUUCAAACCUUGAAACUACAGAUUGAAGAAAAUGAUAAGCGUUUAACAGAGCUUUCAUCUGAAAAUGAAAGUUAUAAGAUUUUGCUGGAAGAAAAAAACAGGGAUAUCAUGGGAUUCUUGCGUGGAUCCUCUCGGGAACACGAACAUACAGAUCUUCAAAUUAUGGAAUCUGGACUUUUGUCAUACAAGGAUAAGUGUCAGAAAUUGACCGAUGAAUUGAUUUUAAUCAAAUUAGAAUUAGUAUCUAAAAAAGCUCGUUUCAAAACAUCAGCGUCUCAAACCGCGAAUGAUACGGAGCCAGAAAUAGUGGAAGAUAAUUUAAUGACGGAGGAAAAGCGAGAAAUGUGCCUAUUGCUGGAAGAGAGAGAAGAAUUGAUGCAAGAACAUUACUUGAUUAAGAAUAAACUUCUGGAGGCUGAAAAUGAAAUUUCGUUGCUUGAGGAGGAGAACAAUGAAUUGAGAGAUCGCUUGGAAGAUGCCACUAUGUAUCCUCAUCCCUCGGUAAAAGAGGAUGAAUUUAGUACCGUAAAGCUGGACAAGGAAAUCCAGGCCGACGAACUUCAGACAAAUCAUGAAGAAAUCUUUAAACUUAGCCAAGAAAAUGACGUUUACAAAUUUAAGAUUAAAAAUUUGGAAACAUUGAAUAAAGAAAAUGGACCCUUGAUCUAUAAAUUAAAUUCCUUGGAAGAUGAACGCAAAAAAUUGCUUCAUGAGAUAGAAGAGUUAAAAAAUAAAAAAAAUGACGAAAUGAAUGAGUCACAAGAAGUUAUAAAUAGUUUAUUAAAACACCGAGAAGAAUCUGAAGCCGAAUUGAAAUUGCAUAUGGAAGAAAUAAUAGGUUAUGCUGCCAAAAUUGCAGAGAAGGAUAAUGACUAUAAAUUACUUUUGAGAUCAAAUGAAACUCUCAAAACUGAAAUGAAUCAAUUAAAAAAUACCCAUACUUUACAGUUACAUCAAAAAGAGGAGGAAAUUGAGAAAUCAUUUAAAGAUAAAUUUAGAUUGGAAAAUGAAUGCCUAUCGAUGAAGACUUUGUUUGAUGCUCAAAAAGCUGAUUUGCUAGUUGAGGUGGAAUGUCUAAAAAAUCAAUUAAAGAGUAAAGAUGAGAUAUCUAGAAAUGAAACUGAGAUAGCCUCGGAGAUUCAAAGAAUUGGAGAUGAUUAUAUGUCACAAUAUAACCUCGUGCAAAAUGAAUAUCAGUCCAAUACGGAAUUAUCAAAUGUAAAUAUGUGUUAUGCUGAUGCAGUUGGGGAACGGAACGAUUCCUUUUUGCAAAUUCAAUCGUUGAAAUCAGAAUUAGACACUAAAAAUACUACCAUAGCUCAAUAUGAAAAAUCGGCUGAAAAAUUUAACACGGAAAUGGAUUUUUUAAAUAAAUCGUACCAUGAACUUCAGAAUGAAAAUGAAAAAUGUGAAGGAAUAAUCAGAAUAUUGGAUGCAGAAAAAUUGGGUUUAGAAAACGAAAUUUCCGAUUUAAAUUCGAAAUUAUCUUUCAAAAAAGAUAUUUUACAUUCCAGCAUGCAGACAGAGAUUGAAGACGGCGAGUUACAGCUAAACUUGAUAAAAGAACAACACAAUGUAAAAUUUAAAAAGGAGAUACAGAGGCUAAAAUUGCAUUUGAUGGAAAUGGAAGAAACGUGUGCCGCUGAAGCAGUCGUUGCAGAAAACAGGGAAGUGGAAUUGAGACAAAAAAUGUCUGGUUUAGAGGAUAUGUCGCAAUUGUUGCAAACUCAAUUAAACGAAAAUAAUUUAAAUUAUGAUUCUCAGAUUUCAGGUCUUAAUCAAAUAUUGACUCAAACCACCACUCAGCGAGAUAAUUAUUUAUUGCAGUUGCAUACCAUACAAGAUGAAAUUUGUGCUUUAAAAGCUAAAAAUACCAAUUUACAAUCAGCUUUAGAACGAGUUCAAAAAGAAAAAGAUGAUGCCCUCUCUUUCGAACUAAAUGCGACAACGAAUCGGUUAAAGGAUAAGGAAAUAAUUAUAUCGGACUUAAAAGCAACCCUAGACGAUAAUGAAUUGGAAGUUAAAAAAUUGCAAGCCCUGUCAAAAUCUUAUACUUAUUUAAAUCAAAAAUUAGACGAGCGCGAUAAAGCGUUGAAUGACAUUAAUAAAUCAAUUAUGGAAAAGGACAAAUCAAUUGAUAUUCUAAAGAAUAGAAUGAGCUAUUUGGAGAAAAAACAAGGAACGGCGGUAGAACGGGAAGUUAUAAAAAACUUAUUUUUGAGCUAUUUAAAUGCGCCAACCGAGAGACAGAGAAUUGAAAUCGGUUUCCUGUUAGGUAAGAUGCUGGAGUUUAACAGCGUUGAAAUUGAAAAAUUGGGAAAUGAAAUUGAACACUACCGAGGCGCAAAAAGUUGGAAUUUAUCCAAUUUAUGGAGGCCUUCAGGAAACAAUACUAAUUCAAACUUGGAUGAUAAAGGCUUAGGAGAAUUAUUUAUUCAAUUUUUAGAGAAGGAAAGCACUCCGAAAAUUUUGCCCAAGUUCAACCUCACUACUUCACCCAUAGACCAGAGUAACUUGCAAAUAAAUACCGAAAAUGGAGAAAUUACUACUGAACAUUAUGAUCUUGUCGGGAAAAGAGAUUAAUGUUUCUGUGUAAAUUUAUUUUAUAUAAUGUGAUAACAAAUUAAAUUAUAAUUUUAUUUAUUUAUAUAAUAAAAUCAAAUAGU